ACCGAUAAUUAUAUGUCAUAUGACACUUUAUUUCUUAUUAAUAAUUUGUUGUCACGUAUUGUAAUUAUUUAGUGUUAUACAAGUAAAUAAAUAGUAGGUAGGGCGUACAUUCCCACAAGAUGUGAAAACAAGUUAGAUCUAGAUCAAUUCUGCAAAGAUCAGUGAAACCAUUAGCGUGUUUAUCUUCAAAUUGGCAACUUUAUUAGGUUAGCAACGGAACGCUGAGAUUGGUUUGCUAAUUUUAUCUGUAAACAUUGCUUUGCGAACUUCUUUUUUCGUGUUUAAAAAUAUUAUAAAAGUAUCUUCAAAAUGACGCUUAAUCCACUGUCGAAUCCAAAAGGUGUUAAACUUCUCUGUGAACUUUGUCAGAAGCCAGCUUUCAUACAAUGUACAAGAUGCAGAGUGACAUAUUAUUGUUCAGUGGAGCACCAGCAAGCUGACUGGGUUGGGAUCCAUGAGAAGAUCUGUCAGCUCCUGAUCCCUCUCAGAACCACCCAGGUUUCUUUCCUAUCAUCCGAGGAGCAGCGAAAGAAACAAGAAGUUGAGAUGCUGGAGAGAAGGGAACACAUGAUAGAGCUGACACGGACAACGGGUCAGAAACUACUCUUUGAAGGAAAACAUGAGCAGGCGGUCCCCGCAGCGAUGCAGUCUCUCAGGUUUAGCAUUGAUGUGCACGGGCUUGAUAGCAUAGAAUUGGUUCCUUCCUAUCUCAUCUUGGCUGAAGCAAGCAUUGGUCUUCACAAGCUAACGCAGGCAGAGGAAUACCUUGCCCAGGCUCAAUGGACUGUUGUGAAGACACCCGAUGCUAGUCACGCCAUCAAGUCUAAACUCUACAGGAACUGGGGACUGCUCUACGCAGCGGAGGGCAACUAUGAAGAAGCGCUUCGGAACCUGGCUGAUGAUAUCUUCAAUGCUUCCGAGCAGUAUGGUACAGACAACAUCGGAACCUCGGGCGGCUACUUCCACAUGGCCAACGUUUUCUUCCGUCAAAAUCACAUGGACGUCGCAGACUCCCUCUAUGGCAGGGUGACAGACAUCUGGCACACCCAUUUACUGAGAUUGGUGAGGGCACGCACCCAUCGGGCGGAGACGCCAGCGGGGGUAGGAGCCGUGGCGGUAGAGCUGAAGAAAGCAAAACCAGAGUCCUUAGAUGAAGCACAAGAAGCAGAAGCCAAGCAAGUCUUACAUUCCAUUCAUGACAUAAGAGAGCAGUCCAAUCCACAAGAUCCGGUCACCGUGGCGCUGGUUUGCCAUGCCCUCGGGAUGCUGUACUUUUUACUGGAAGAAUACUCAAAGGCGAGAGACCUCACAGAGAAAUGCCAAACGUUGAUGAAGUCAUCGGGUGAAGAGGACUCAGAGAUGAUUGGCCACAUUGCAGACUUCAGUCAGGCGUUGGAUGAAUUACCCAGCAAGAAAGAACAAGGAUUCAUGGCUAGUGGCUACUGAGAAACACCUUCAACUUUAUCCAUUCUAAUCGUGGUUUAACGCUGGAAAGAUUUCUCGAAACAGGUGUCAAUCACCUAGCAUAGGAUAUUAUUGAUGUUAAAGCCUAUCGUUAGUUUCGGUAACCCCCCCCCCCUCAAGUGAAUAUCGUUCAUCCAGUUGAUUGCUAGAUUAUUUGAAUAUAUACUAUAUGCCCUAUAACAGUUACCAUGCGAACGAUAUGAAAUGAAAAUGUGUUUUAUUAGAUAAAAUUUGCAAUUUACUUGAAAAUUCAUUUUAAGUGCCCGAUCAAAAUGAUAUAUCUGCAUAUUAAGUUUGGAAUGUGCAGAUAGUUUUCAGGAUGUAAUCACUGUAUGUAGCAUUCCUAUAUCCUAAUUACUAAAUUUGUAAGGUAAAUGCUAAAGGGGCCAUUUUGAAAGAAAAAUAAAAACAUUACAUAGAGAGGGCCAUUGAUAAAAUACAAUUCCAAAUUGCUAUUUGAAUGGUUGAAUAAAAAUUAAAUGGCCACUACAUGUUUGUGAGAUUGAAAUGUUAGAUAAUAAUCAAGUAUAACUAACGUUCUUGACCCAUUACCAAAGCUUUAGACAUGCUUUAAUUAUUUAAUAUUCUUGUACUUAAUAUUUAUUAUAUAUCACCUUGAUUGGGAGGGAGGAGGGAAAAUUUGAAGUUUGGUGAUGGUGUUAUUAUUGCAAGCAUGAACAAGGCUGUCUAACCUAGCUUUCGACACCAAACAAUGGUGUAUAAUAAUGAUACCAAUGACAUCGGUGAUACUGUAGCUUAACACCAAGCUGCACCGAGUGACAUUAGUUGCAACACUUGUUAAAACUUCAGUGAUUGUGACCGAUGUAAAACUGCAACAUCAAAACCAGGUGUCAACACUGAACUUAACAUCAGACAAUUUAGAGCUUUUUGCUUUUACAACUUUAAUAGGAAUACUUGCUCUAAGAACAAAAUCAACUUCCAACACUAACCUUAAAACCACAUGAAUAUCAACACUGUCUUACUAAGACACCAGCAGUAAACACUGUACUUAAAUUCACAUUGUUGAACUUCUUGCUCUUUCACAUAUUAACACUUACACCCAUACCAAAUUUUCUUCGACUUUUGUUGGUAACAGUGGAAAAGAAGUUUGUUAAAAAUUACUUUACAGAAAUAAGAAAUGUGAGAGAGCACAUAAAAAGAGCAAUAGAAUGCAAACAUAAAGCAAAUGACACCCAGAGUAUUUGUAUUCAUGUAAAUAUAUAUUUAUAUUCAUAUUGUGAUUCGUUUUCAUUCCAAUGUGUAUUUCGUUCUGAUAUAGCAGAAAUUUUUAAUCAAUUGUAUAAACAAUAUCUCUACCACAUGAAAAUAAACUUUUAUUUAUUUGAA